AUGAAAACGCACACCGAGCUGAUCCCUGGAAUCGAAGAAGUAUUCCGAUCCUUAUUGUCUUCUGUCAAAGAUAAUCGUAAAAUCGAUUUUUGCGAAGUUUUAUUAGAACAAGUGCAAGUUCUGGUCGAUAGCAACGAGGACAACUUUGAGAGAAGUCUUCUGCCUCGUAUAAAAUGUUUUCUCCUGGUCAUAAAGAUACCUCUGACGCUAUGUAGACAAGCUGUGGUCUCUUCGAACGAUCCUACCAAGGAGAGUGACCUUUUGGGACGGUGGAUUAUUGCUCUUACUCAUUUGCUUGGCGAUAGGCGUAUACACCAGAAUGGAGCGGGGGUAACAAAGUUUAGAUUGAUUUUAGAUCUUGUCACUAUGCUUCACGAUGAAAUGCCAGUGUCAUUCCGGAAUCACACUAUUGCCAAGCUGAGGCAACAUGACUUUACUAUUCCUCCAGUUUGGGGUGAACGUGUAAAACGAGUUCUGCCAUGGCAAUCAGUAUUAGGUGAUGUUAAUGGAUCACGCAAACGUCCCUGGGAGCUGAUUGGAGGUCUAGGAGAAGAUGAUGAUUAUUCUUGGACUCCGAUAAGCCUUCGUGCGUUUAACGCUCGACUUGUACGCAAUACACGUCGAGUGAAACGUAGAACUAUCUGA